AUGAAGGACUCCAUCACUUCCUGCCACGACGACAGUCAACCGAAAGAUCAAGGUAUGGUCGUACACAUCGUACCAUGCGAAACUAUUCAAACGACGGGAUUGAAUAUGAAAGAAGAAUUACUUUUUGAAAAGGAAGAAGAUACCUCUCAUGUGUUGAAAAGCGGCUUUCUAGAAGAACAAGGUGAUCAAUUGUUGAAUUGUGAAGAGGAAGAACAGUCGAAGUCAUUCGAUUCAUACUCUACUUCCAGUUCCCUUAACUCUCCCAAUGAUAUUGAAUUUUUUGAGGAUUCGAACGUGCCGAAGGAUCUUUGCGAAAAGAAGAAGCAGGAGCUGGUUGUUGAUCCAAUAGAAAAGGAUGAAGUUGCUCUCUCCGGCACAAGUGAACAAUCUCAACCAAAAUUUGUUGAAAACAAAUUAGAAAAGCACUCUUCUCUUUCUGUUUCUAAUUCUGCUCCUGCUUCUAAUCUUUCUUCAAAUUCCGUUCCUUCUUUGUCUACCAACUCAACUUCUGGAAAUAUGUACUAUGGCCCUAACCCAUAUUAUCCCAUUCAAAUCAUUCCAUUUAUCGAUAAUCCUUACCCAGCCCAUCCCGUUCAAUGCACCCCGUUUCAACCGAUGUCUUCUUCGUCUCCCCCAUUUGCUUCCCAACCGCCAGAUCCAAAGGAUGCUUUGAAUUCACCCUAUCAAGAAACAAAGUACUUGGCCGACUUUCGAGUUUUGAUUCUGAGUAAUCUUCCUUCUGAGUAUAAGAUAAGCGACCUUCUCUCACAAAUUCAUGCUGGCCCGUUGGAAAGGGUACAACAAAAACUCGAGAAAAACAAGGUGAUUUUGUCUUUUUUAUAUGCAGAAGAUUCUUUAAAGUUUCACGAAUAUUAUAAUCGUCGAAGAUUCCAGUUUCAAAGUCGCUCUUUAAAGGUUACUUUUGCCAGGCCAUGCCGUCUCUCAGAGUCCGUAUUUAACGUUUGUAACAAUAUGGCCGCGAGUAGAAAUGUCUUUAUUGGAAACCUUCCAGCUUCGUUUGGCGAACAUGAACUAGUCGAUCAUUUUGGCAAAUUUGGUGAGAUCGAUAGUGUGAAAAUAUUAUCCAGAAAGAACAUUGCGUUCAUCCACUAUUUGAAUAUCAAAGAUGCAAUUCGUGUUGUGCAAACGUUGUCCUCUGAUCCCGCCUAUCAUGCUUGGAGAAUUUUCUAUGGUACUGACCGUUGUGAACAUCGUGGUACGAGCACGUAUACUCCUACAUACGGCUCUCCGAAACCGUCUUCCUCUUCCCUUUCUGUGAGCUCUAAUCCUGAAUUGAAAGAGCCUAUUUCUGAUAUGUCUCAAAAUUCCGACGUAGAAAACCGGACUGUUUUCCUGGGCAAUUUGGAUGCUAAAGUAAAAGGCUCAGAAAUAUGUGAUCUCAUUCACUGUGGGCCUUUACAGGAUUUUCACUAUAUUCCCGAAAAGCAUAUAUGCUUUGUUACAUUCGUGGACGUUGCCGAUGCGAAAGCCUUCCACUCUUACAUUUUAAAUGAAACGGUUAUCCUUCAUGGACGUCGUAUCAAGUCUGGAUGGGGGAAAGAAAGCGGCCAUUUGCCACGUGUGCUGGAAACAUCAAUUUCUAUGGGUGCUUCCCGUAAUGUCUACUUUAGCAAAGUCAGUGACUCUUUCACCAAAAAGGAGUUGGAAUUAUUGCUACGCCAAUAUGGUGAAAUCGAAAGUAUAAAAUAUUUGAAGCAACCAAACACUGGGUUUGUCAGCUACACAAAUAUCUCGAAUGGCAUGAAAGCGUUUCAUGGAUUACCUUUACAACCAGCUUUCCAGAAGAGUAAAAUACAAUAUGCUCGUGAUCGGUGUGAUAAAUCUGACUCUUAUAUUUCAUCCCCACACAAUAACUCCCCUUCAUUGAGCACAAUGCAAACACAACAACCCAUUUUACCUUCUGCUGUCCCAUUUACUAUUCCAAUGUAUCCUCCUAUAUUUACAGCACCUUCGAAUAUCAAACAAGAUACGAAUUCUUCUACUCAGUAUGUCCCUCCGUUUGCUCCUUAUCCUAAUAUGUAUGGAUCUAUGUCUCCGUACCAAGCUCAACAAUCUACUCAAAUGCAAAAUCCUAAAUGA